AUGGAAAAUCCCUCAAAAAAACUGAAACAGGAAGGACUUCCUGAACCAGAAAACGAGCACAAUAUCAUGGUCUCCGCUCUGAAGCGCAUAAUCGCAGGCGACACUGGUGAUGAUCAAGGUGCUACCUCUUCAUUUCCUUCAAUUGGUACUACAACUGGUGAGAGCAAGGAUGAGCAACUAGUCCACACAACCAUAUCUCUGCCUGCAGUUGCUGAAACGUGUCAGCAAUGCAAAAUUGAGGGCUGUCUUGGAUGCAACUUUUUCUCCGAUGAAAGAAAUGAACAGGACGACCAAAAGGAGAAGAAGAAGUACAGGGGAGUUAGGCAGAGGCCAUCGGGUAAAUGGGCAGCUGAGAUUUGGAACCCGGUCGGAGCAGAACGUGUGUGGCUUGGCACUUUCGAGACGGACGAGGCUGCUGCCAGAGCCUAUGAUGAGGCAGCCAUUAAAUUCCGACACUCACGGGGACUUAAAGCUAAGCUUAAUUUUCCAAUCUCAGACUAUAAUAUAAAUCAAAUCGUCGAACGUGAACAAAUCGAUAUAAAUGCAGCUGAACGCCAUACAGAAAACGAUGAACAAAGCACAGAUGAUGUAGAUAUAUAG